UGUUAAUCAGGCAUUUUGCUCCAUUACACAGUACAAGUACUCGUACUGUUUAGGUAAUAAAUGAACACUUCACUAUACUGUACUACAUCAACCUCGCAUGGAAACGAACCUGAUAACAAAUGCUACACACAGUAUAUCUCCGAACGCUCUAAAAAAUCAAAAUAUGAAUUAAAAGCCCAAAAGUAAUUCAGAGCAAACCAUCCAGAAUACUUUUUGCAGGAUUAUGAAAUUUCUGUUUGCGGUCAAGUUUAAAUAGGAGAAAGCAGCUAGGUUGCUAGCAACGCAUACAGGAGCGAUGGUGGAAGAAGGAGAUGGCCGCGGCUCGGCGCUGCCCGACAAGACCAAAGCUCCUCCAGGAGCCGUGCAGGAACUACAGUCUGGCGAGGAGAGAAGAUGGCGCCUAGAGUACCAGGAGCCCUUCGGCAGGUGCCUAAUAGCGACUGCAAACCUAAGUAUGGGUGAUGUGAUCUACCGCGACAACCCCAUCAUAACGGGUCCCAAGCUAACCUCUGCUCUGCUGUGUCUCGGCUGCUACAAGACCUUGACAGACGAACAUUACGAUUGUUCCAAAUGCACGUGGACUCUUUGCGGGCCCGAAUGUGAAACUGAAGGUUACCAUCCGUACGAGUGUAAGGUCUUCUCCAAAGCCAAUUUUAAAUUAAAUCUUGCUGAUUUUGGCGACAAAAAUCCAGUGUAUGAGUGCAUCUUGCCCCUGCGAUGCUUGAUGCUGCGUGAAGCUGACCCCAGUAAAUGGAGUACGCUGCAGGCGAUGGAGUCGCACGAUGAGAUCAGGCAAAAAUCUGACUUCUGGGAUAUUGAACAGAUCAACGUAUGUGAUUUUUUGAGGAAGCAAGCGAAAGUUGAGUACAGUGACGCCCUCAUGCACACAAUCUGUGGCAUCCUCGACGUGAACUGCCAUGAAGUGCGCUCUAAUGUUCCUGGAGCUCCUGAUGAGUCACGCGUCCGGGGCCUGUACCCCCUCUGCGCGAUGAUGUCUCACGACUGUACGUGCAACACGCAGCACACCAUCAUGGACGACCACAGUAUGGUGGUCGUCGCCUCCAGGAACAUCGCCAAAGGACAACAAAUUACGGGAAUAUAUACUCAACUCCUUUCCGGCACGACGGAGCGCCGCAAGCACCUGCGCUACUGCAAGUUCUUCGACUGCGUGUGCCGGCGCUGCAGCGACCCCACCGAACUGGGGACUUACUUCAGCGCCUUGAGGUGCACCCAAUGCGGUGGCCCCGUGCUCUGUAAGGACCCACUGCACCCCAACAACACAGCUGACUACCGCUGCACCGAGUGCGGUAAUGAGGUACCAAACAGCGAAGUGAAUGGUCUGACUUGCCUCAUUGGAGCCGAAAUUGCGCUAGCCGGAGAAAAUGAUCCGACAAUAUUAGAGCAGCUACUAGAAAAAUAUUCAUCCCUGCUUAACCCGAACCAUUUCCACAUCAUCGCACUCAAAAGUAGUUUGUCUCAAACGUACGGUCGCGUGGCGGGCACUCAGAUGACGGAUCUGAGUGCUGGGCAGCUGGGCCGCAAGAUGCAGUGCUGCAGAGACGUGCUGCUGGUGCUCGACGUGCUCGAUCCUGGCAUAUCGAGGCUCAGAGGCAUAAUGGAGUACGAGCUGCAGGUGGCGCUGCUGCUGCUGCUGCAGAGGGCGUUCGUGCAGCGGCAGCUGACGCGGCAGGAGGUGCUGCAGAGGCUGCACGAGCCGCUCCUGCUGCUCCAGAGCGUCAGCAUGUGCCUGCAGCACGAGGCGCCAUCUUGCUUCGAGGGAAAAAUUUAUACGAUAGCGCAGCGCUCGCUAGCAGAAGUGCUCAAGUGGAGAGAAAAAGUCAAGUUGAUGCCAGAAGAAAAGUUUCUACCACCGCCGGUCAUCACUUUUGACCAGCCCAAACUCUCGGAGCAAGAUCUCACGCUUGGAGAUCUGCUCCGGAAAAUAGGAAGUUGAUUUUUUUUAACUUAGACUAUCACGCUCAAUAGGGUAAAUAGGAAGGGAAUUCUUAUUUACAUAAUAUAUUUAACACCGAAGAUGUCAAGAAGGACAGGAUUCAACAACGCAGCUGUAUACAGAUCUUGUAAAAAAAGAGUAUCUUAAUUAGACCGAAACUUUACUCCAUGUGUAUUUUUCUACAGCGUUGAUUGAGUAAUAUUGAUGGAAAUGUACUGCAAGGAUAGUGAAAAUUGACUGAUGUUCUUAAAUGGUUUAUUCUUAACUAUUUCUAUGUAAAAUGAUCAACAUUCUAUGUUCAAAGUCUCUACGAGAUUAAUUUGAAAAUCUUGGAUCCUCGAAUUAAUUAUUAGAUCAUGGAACCUCAAAUUAAACUCUACGAAGAUUACUGGUUCCUUUACUCAGAAUUUUACUUAUAAGACAAAUGUACUACGGACAUUUUUGCCAGCUUUUCUACUAACUUGCUCGCCACAAAGCAAUUAAUAUUUAUUGGUGAGCUGCAUAAUUCUGCCGCAAAACCUCGCAUUUUUCUGUUCAUAACUUUCAAUUCCUUCCACAUUGAGAUAUUCUUACACAUGCAGCCGGAACUAAAUUGCUGCAGCAGCAAUAAUACUUUUUGUGAUUAGUCCCUUGGCUUGCUGGCUAAGUCAGCUUUCUCAAUUGUUAUUUUUGAGUAUAUUUUGGAGUUAGCUUUGCACUUUUGUAUUCUUAUUCAAUGGCUGAGCGCAUUCUGAAUUAUUAUCGCACUUGUUGCUCGUGUUCCAUUUUACUUUAAGGCUGUGAAGCGCUUUCCUCUUUCUUAGAAAAUAAUAUAUUCUCUAGUCUAUACCCUGGCUGGAAGACUGAUCUUAAAUUAUAAAUUUGGCACACAAAUUGUUAAAGAUAUCAUGGUGCUGGUGUAAUUGAACACCUAACAAGUUAUUCACCUAAUGUCCUUAUUACCACGUGGUUGAUAUGUUAUUGAAAUAAUUAAAAUGCCAGAGUUUUCCACAGAACCUUCAAUAUCACAAUGUACAACUAUUUUGAUGAUAAAGUGUACGACUAUUUUGAUUAUAAAUACAAGUUAAUAAAAUGUCAUCAUUGACGGUUAAAUACAUAUUUUAUGAAGAAAUAAUGGUUGUAAGGUUGCAUUGUGAUAACGAUCGAAAUGAAAUAUAGAUUCCAAUCCAAA